CCUAAAUGGCCUCUAUGGAGAGGAAACAUGAGAUUUGCAGUCCGUUCAUCCCGCAACGCAACACUUUGAGGAAGACAAGUGCAGAAAUAGUCAGUGAAGCCAGACACUCGCUGCGAAUUCAAUCCACCCAGCGACCGUUUACUCCCAGAGAUGGACAAAGGCAACUUUUUGGGAAGAGAUCUGCUCGCACAGACUGUGACAACAGACCUCCAUCUACCUUUAGCCUACAUUCACAAAAUUUUGAUGCUCCUGACUCCAGGCCAGGUUCAGGGACUCGCCUCUCUCCUCUGGACCAUAAGCCAAAGUUUCCAGUCCCCUGUGAUGCUGAGGAUCCAUUCAAGGCUUUUCCCAAACCCCCCACUGACCCACUGGAAGUAAGGAGGGGGCUGGCAGGGGCACGGGCACGCCUCCUCAGGACUGGCUCUCUCACCACGCUACCUCCUGUAGAGGGAUAUGCAGAUGUGAAAGAGAGAUUAAAGCCAGGCCCUGGACAAAAGCAGCUGUCAGCUAAAGGACUCGCUGUUACCGACCACACAGAGGUCCAUGGUGGUCCCCACAAACCUGGCCCACGCAGAACAGCAAGUGAAAGUAGAAUAAUGUGGCCUGGUGUUGACUCAGGCGUUAGACCCACAGAGUGCAGAGCAGGAUGGAGAACAGGGUUGGGGAAUGGAGACGAUACCACAAGCACAGAGGAGGAUGUAGAGUCACUGGUGUGGAAUAAUGCAGUCGCUCCUCUUCUCCAACAGCUGGAGGCUGUAGCUGCAGGCAGCUCUGAGGGUUCGAUGGACCAUCUGUGUGAUUUGUGUGACAGUCUCCAUGGCACCUUGGCAGAAGGGGACAUGCUCGGCCGACGCUGUAAGAGGCGGUCUGGGAUACUGCGAACACUGUUCCGCCUCAUUGACUUCAACUCUGUCCAGCUCAACCUGCACAUCGCCAAGCUCUGCCUUGCUCUGUGUGUCAGUGGAAACAACUUGCUAAACAUCUGUAAACUCAUCUUCAAGAUAAGUCGCAGUGAAAGCAACGACAUCCUCUUCCAGAACAACUCUAUCAUAGACUCAUUGCUGGGCGUGCUGAGCAGUGAAGACGUGUCUGCAUCCGGAGAAGCUCUGCUGUACUGUGUCGGUACUCUGAAAUUUCUCUCUGGAAACAGCGCAAUCCUCAGACUUCUGCUGGACAAGAACUGUCUUGGUGUGGCUCAGAAACUCAUCCAGAGACUCUACAUAGUUGAAGACACCUUCUUCACUAUAGCAGGGCACAUCUUUGUACAGCUGACAGCGACUCUCAGGAACCUUGCUGAUCACCCUGAUUCCCGUCCACUAUUCGUCUCCUUUUCCAUACUGCCAGAGCUCUGUCAGGUGCUGCGUCAUCAUCACAAAGAUCAAGAGAUAUGCACUAACAUUUCCAGAAUAUAUAGUAAACUCUCCUCUUACUCUGAGUGCCGCCUCGCUCUGGCCCAGACCCCCGGCUGUUACCAACUAUUUUUAGAACUGCUGAGCAAACAUCACCAAAAACAGGACCUUGUGGUGCGCCUCCUUUUCACCCUGGGGAACCUCACAGCCAAAAGUGACGAGGCUCGGCAGCAGCUCUUCCAGUGCAAAGGCUGCAUGGACACACUCCUCCAGCUGUACGACAGUUACCAGCAAAGAAAUGACUCACCACACAAACCCUCAAAGAAAGGUCCCCUCUCCCGCAGCAAGUCCACCGCCGCAACGGUGGUGAGCGAGCAGGAGUAUGAGGACGUGCUGGUGAAGCUGGUCAGGGUGUUUGCGAACAUGUGUAUCCACCCAGCUGUGGGACCAGCAUUAGCCAACAACACAGCCUGCAUUCAGUUGUUGAUGGAGACACUUGAGAUGAGGUCUGUGGAGGAGAGCGAGGAGCUGUUGGUGAACGUGGCAGCCACCAUCAAUAACCUGUCCUUCUAUCAGGAAGAAAGCUCUGUGCUCAGACACAGUCAACUCAUCAUGGCUAAGUUGAUGUUGAAGUUGGUGCUCAGCUCCAGUAUGGAUGCCAUGCUUGAGGCCACCCGUGUCUAUGGAAACAUGUCACAGUCCAAGGAUGUGCGGGACUUUAUUAUGCAAAAUAAAGUACACCAGUUUGUGGUGACGCUGCUGGACUCAAAAAGCACUGAAAUGUGUUUUUCAGCCUGCGGGGUCCUCACUAACCUGGCUCUGGACCCAACCAACCGGGUCAGCCUUUCACUAGAGGGGGCUACUACCAAGCUGGCAGACUGCCUGAAAGACCUCGGAGCAGGUGAUUGGCAGCUGGCAGGCCAAGUUUGUCAGGCCUUAUGGAACAUGGUUGGUGGCGGCUCAGAGAAGUUGCUGGAUGCACAAGAAGCAGAGUCACUGCUGGAGAUCCUCACUGCAUACUCAGAUCAAGAAGAUGCUCUGAAGUGUACAGAAAAUGAAGAUGCAAGGGACUUCCACAGAGCAUGCUGGGAGUUAGAGUUCCUCCCUAUAGCUCAAAAACUGAUAAAGAUUCUCCAGCCUGUGGUCCUGACAGCCUGA